AUGGAGUUUCUUACCCCCAUCAAUCCAUGGGUAGAGACAGUGCGACUCUUGUCUGGGUCUGUCAUGCGUCUUUGUUUGUAUUCAGCGGCGUACUAUGUGGGUUGUGGGGUCUUUUCAAAGUAUGUGCUUCGCAGAAAAGGCUCUCUCGCGAUGUGGGAACAGGAAUCAUUGCCGUAUGUGGUAUCGCUGGGAAUGGAAAUAGGCGUUUCUGUGAUUAUCUGUCCCGUACGCUACCUCGCCGCCGUGACGACACCACGCUUCAUUUUGGACUACACCAUGACAGGGUGGUCCGAUACGCUCUCUCUGCUGGACCAAUUUUCAGCUGGCAACUUUGCCGCCUACGCCAUGUAUGCCUUUUCAUCGGACUCGGGCUGGAACCUGGACUUCUUUGCCUGGCAGGUGCCGUCUGUCAUUCUCACGCUCAUGAAGUUGUACUACCGGAGGAAAAAACUUGGGAGUGAAAGAUGUCGCACGAAACGCGUUCUCGCAACAAUUCCGCUUCAGAUGCUACUGCGGGCGUACAUUGCUGGGUUUUCCGUGAUGAUCCCCGAGAACUCUGCCGAGGCAGUGUCGGCUGUUGUGGUCACAGUGGUGGAAUCCAUGAUGACAUCUUACCUGGCGCGGCAGACAUGGCCGUUUGCUGAUCAGCCAGACUCGCCCCAAACGGAUUCCUCGAGGAGUUCUGAUAACUGCGACGCGUGCAGCGACGAUGCCCAUCAGAAAAAAAAUGGGGCGUCCUGA